UGUGAAGGUUAUGAAUGCAUGGGAUACUUACCCAAUAGACGUUUUUAAAAAGGAAAUUUAAUAACAUCAAAAAUUUGUCAUCCCCUCGUUCCCACCCAAAAACCCUCGAGUCCAUCGUGAUAAUAUUAGGCAAAACACGCACACCCCCACCCUCUCCCAAAAACCUAUUUUUUCCAUCUCCCAACAUUUUUCUCUCUCUGGACAUCCUGUUGCCCUUCUCUUUAUCUAGAAAUGGAGUCUCUUGACCCAGCUGCCUGCUUCAUGGACGACUUACUGGACUUUGCUUCUGAUAUAGGAGAGGAAGAAGAUGAUGAAGACCACAACAAACCCAGAAAGGCCCUUCCUCCCCUUAAGCCCCCACCAAAUGGCCUUGCCGUUCCCCCUCCUCCUUUCGAUGUUUUCGACCACCCGGAUGAUUCUACCCGUCCGUUACCUGAAUUUGCAGAGGAAGAGCUUGAAUGGUUAUCUAACAAAGACGCCUUCCCAGCCGUGGAAACAUUUGUCGACAUUUUGUCGGAGAACCCGGGUAGCCUCCCCAAGCACCGGAGCCCAGUUUCGGUGCUGGAGAACAGCAGUACAAGCAGCACCAGCAACAGCGGGAAUAGCGGCACAAAUGGCAGCGUUAUAAUGAAUUACUGCCGCAGUCCUCAGGUGCCUGUCAAGGCCAGAAGCAAGCAUCACCGCCGGCGGCGCCGCGACCUCCAAGCCCAACAGUGCUGGUGGAGUCUGGAGAAUUUGAAGACAGUGAAGCCAUCUGUAACAUCAUCGACAAUGGGUAGAAAAUGCCAGCAUUGCGGUGCUGAAAAGACCCCUCAAUGGCGGGCCGGGCCGCUGGGGCCCAAAACCUUGUGCAAUGCCUGUGGAGUGAGGUAUAAGUCCGGGCGGCUAGUGCCCGAGUACCGGCCCGCAAGUAGCCCGACGUUCUGCGUUGAAUUGCAUUCAAAUUCGCAUAGGAAAGUUAUGGAGAUGAGGAAGCAAAAGCAGAUGAUGGGAUUGAUGGUUGUAAAACCUAUGGAGAAAGGUUAGGGCAGCAGUGAUUGGCGCCCCUCUUUUUUUUUUUGGUUUUUCUGUUUACCUCUUUUUUUUUUUUUUUUUAGCUAGCAUAGUUAGGAAGUAGGGGUUUGGUGUAAUGGAAUAGGUGAUUAGUGAUGUUCUUUGCUUUCGAUUGAAAUUUAGUAAGGGAAAUUUUGACUUGCUAGUGUGAAUGGCUGGUUGGUUUAUGUUUUUAGAAUAGAAAAGCAAGGUAGUGUUAUUGGGCUUUGUCCUAUCUUAAUUA